AUGGAUACAGUAGCACCGGUACCAGGUCCCAGCACAAUUGCUCGAAUAAAAAACAAAAAUAAAAAAGUGACUGAAAAACAAGACAAACAAGAGGAGAAGCUAUCACAAUCAGCACCAGCAGCAGUAUCAUCACCCACAGCACUAGCAGCAACACCAUCGUCACCAAAGUCUCCGUCCACACCACCAAACCCAGCAGAACCAGCCGCAACAAAUGCAUCAAUACAGGAGUAUGGAACAGCAAUGGCGCCUGGAGCACCUGGAGCAGUGGUGCCUGCUGUACCUGCAACACUGACGGAACUUUUCAAGAAAAGGAAGGGAAAACAGCAAGAUAAAGUAACUAAAAGCAUUUUAGAGACAUUCAAAAAAAAUGCAGUUCGUGAGACAAAUGGGACAGGGACUGAGGAAUUGUGUGGAAAGAGGGAAGAAAAGUGA